AUGAAGGUCACUGGACUUGGAAUCGGCUCUUUCGCCGCACUGGCAUUGGCAAAUCCUUCUGAUGAGAUCUAUGAAGAGACGGUAACCAAGCACGUUGACGGCUACAAGGCCCACCAUCACUCCGACAACUCAAUAAGCUCAACUGCCUCCACAGUCACUAUCACGACCACGACCAUCUCUAAGGCGGAGGUUUACAAGCACAACUUCCACGCCACUGGCUCAAGCGGAUUCCUAGCCCACAGCGUCAACUACACAUACCCUGUCGGCACCGCUCCGCCAAGAACAACUCUUUCGACAACCACGAGAAGUGCCAUGUACAACAAACACCGCAAGACCACAAGCUCGGCUUCGUCCAGUACCGCUACUUGGUCGGCGGCUGAGGCGUACAAGGUGGGAUAUGAAGCAUAG